UGCCCCUGUUGUUGUGUCCAAGCCAUAAAACACGAACGCCCGCCUCUUCUUCAAGGAACAACACAAACAAUUCCACUCAGCAAUCUUCAACGGCGACUAAAAUUUUUAGUAGGAGUACAAAACAAUCAGCACGCGGUGCACAUUGCUUUGGCAGUCUCGGGACGCGACACCCAGAAGCGGGCCAAAGCUUCCAUUUCACCAAUGGUGGCUGUCUUCAACAAGGACGUCCUGAGCUGGUACCUCAUCACGCUCAAGCUCAAGGAGACCGUCGACGCCAACCUCAAGAAAUCCCCGUCGCCGCAGUGGCAGCCGCUUCCCCGCAACCCCCUCCUCACGAACGGCACCCCGGGAGCCGGAGGAGAGACGCCGGCGCCGGCAUUGUUGACGACGCGGCAGGAUCCGGCAUCCGUCGCGUUCCCGGCGCAGUCGCCGGCGCACAGCCCGAAGCCACAGGACCCGGAAUGGGUGAUCACGAUCCGCGGGAAGCUGGCGCAGGCGCGCGCCGAGGAAGCCGCGUGCCCAUGGGCGCGGCUGUCCGUGUACCGCGUGCCCAAGUCCCUCCGCGACGGCGACGACCGCGCCUACUCCCCGCAGGCGGUCUCCAUCGGCCCGCUCCACCACGGCAAGCGCCGGCUGCGCGACAUGGAGCGGCACAAGUGGCGCGCGCUGCACCACGUCCUCAAGCGCACGGGCCACGACGUCACGGCCUACCUCGACGCGCUCCGGCCCAUGGAGGACCGCGCCCGGGCCUGCUACGACGGGCGCGUCGCGUGGAUGCCCGCCGACGAGUUCGUGCAGUGCCUGGUGCUGGACGGGACAUUCGUGCUGGAGCUCUUCCGCGGCGCGCUGGAAGGGUUCGCGGGCGACCUGGGCUACUCCCGGCACGACCCGGUGUUCGCCAUGCGCGGCGCGAUGCACGCCGUGCGGAGCGACAUGAUCCUGCUGGAGAACCAGAUCCCGCUCUUCGUGCUGGACCGCCUGCUCGGGACGCAGCAGGGCCGCCCGGAGCAGACGGGCGCCGUGGCCGCUCUCGCCGUGCGCUUCUUUGACCCGCUCAUGCCGACUGACACGCCGAUGCACCGCAAGGACCGCUCCAUGCUCGAGUCCUCCGUCGCGGCAUCCUCCGCGACGGCGUCCUUCGACCCGCUGUCGGAACCCAUGCUCCACUGCCUCGACGUGUUCCGGCGCAGCCUCUUGCGCGCCGGGCUGCAGCCGACCCCGCCGCCCGCGGCGAGGCUGUGGCCUAGGAUGUGGUCCGUGCCGCGGCGCGUGGUGGCCGACAAGCGGCGGCAGCAGUUCGUGCACUGCGUGUCGGAGCUCCGUGAGGCCGGGAUCCGGUGCCGGCGCCGGAACACGGACCGGUUCUGGGACAUCAGGUUCGACAAGGGCGUGCUCCACAUCCCUCGCAUCCUCAUCCACGACGGCACGAAACCUCUGUUCCUCAACCUCAUCGCCUUCGAGCAGUGCCACCACAUGGACGUCGACGCCACCCCGGGCGGCAACAACAUCACCUCCUACGCCAUCUUCAUGGACAACCUCAUCAACUCCGCCGAGGACGUCAAGUACCUGCACGACAGGGGCAUCAUCGAGCACUGGCUCGGCAGCGACGCCGAGGUGGCGGAGCUAUUCAACCGGCUCUGCCUCGAGGUCGUCUUCGACAUCAACGACAGCUACCUCUCCGGCUUGUCGGACCAGGUCAACAGGUACUACGACUACAAGUGGAGCACGUGGGUCGCCAGCCUGCAGCACAACUACUUCACCAACCCGUGGGCCAUCGUAUCCCUCGUCGCCGGUGUCUUCCUCCUGCUGCUCACCACGAUGCAGACCUUCUACAGCGCUUACAGCUACUACCGCCCGGCAGCCUAGCAUAUAUACCUCAUCUCGGCUCGAUUGGAUUCACUACGAUUAUAGAAGGCGGUCCAAAAUUGUAUACACGUUUUCGGCUUGCAUUGCAGUUUUGAUUGUUCUCUUGUGAAUUGAAAGGGAGAAUUCUUCCAUUCGGAUUACUACAUUGUUAAUAUAGUACUAGAUUCUGGUGGGAGUUUGGAUUUAACCAGCAAAUUCCAUUGUUCA